UUCCAGUUCCACCCUCCACAUCCCAUCCCAUCCCUCACCAUGACCAACGUCAGACAGAAGAGAAAGCAGAGAUCCUCCCUCCCCAAGGCCAAGGCCAAGAGGACCGGUCUCCUCAAGAGCGGCAAGAAGAAGAUCAAUGUCUUGGGAAAUGCCAUCAUCGCCGAAAACUGGGACCGCAAGCUCACCCUCACACAAAACUACCGCCAGCUGGGCCUCGUUCACCGUUUGAACGCCCCCUCCGGUGGCUCCCAGAAGCGCGCCACUGCGGAUGGUGUCGUUACCGGCGAACGCGAGGACUCGCUGUACAUCAAGAGCAGCGCGCAAGCGGCGGCCAAGCAGGCCGCGACCGGCGAGAUCCAGGUUGAGCGCGACCCCGAGACGGGCAAGAUUCUGCGGGUGAUCCGCGGCGACGACGAAGUGGAGGUGGCCGGGCGCAAGCACAAGCGCAACAAUCCGCUCAACGACCCGCUGAACGACCUCGAGAGCCCCGCCCUCACCCUCCCGGAGCAGAAGAAUGCGGCCACGACGGUUGUCCAGCAGCUCGAGCAGCAGGCGGACCGCGAGGGCGUGUCGGUCAAGGCCAAGAAGCCCCGGCACCAGAGCAAGCGCGAGGAGGAGUGGGUGCAGAGACUGGUCGAGAAGCACGGAGACAACUACAUCGCCAUGGCGCGCGACCGCAAACUCAACCCCAUGCAGCAGAGCAUAGGCGACCUGAAGCGGCGGAUCAGCAAGUGCCGGUCAUAAUGGGUUGGUUUGGUUUGAUGCAUUUCUAUUGGCGAGUACGGCGUUCGACAGGGUGAUUUGGGGAAAAGUGCUUGCUGGGUUGGAUCUUCUGUCCACUUAUCCCUCUGAAUAUAGACCUCCAUCUGCGCAUGGCUGCAGAUCCCAACUGUUAAUACAUGAUCGUUACCAUGUGUUUGUGUCUGGUAGAUGUGGUUUCGUUGCGUCCCCACAUCGGUGCCACAGGCUGAGUGUCGCGCUGAGAAACAG